CCAACGCGAGACUUCCGUACAAACACUGAUGGUGUCUCCCUGAGCUCCAUGUGGCUCCACAGACCUGGAAACCAGUUUAACCAUUAGUUGAACUUGUUUCAUCUCAUCUGUAGAACUCUCCGGACUGUGUCGGGACUCUGACAGGAGCUUCAGAAGGAAAUAAAAAUGCAACACGACGACGUAAUCUGGGACAUUGUUGGAAACAAACAGUUCUGCUCCUUUAAAGUCAAGACCAAGAGUCAGAAAUUCUGUCGGAACGAGUUCAACAUCACGGGUCUGUGUAACCGCUCGGCCUGCCCUCUGGCCAACAGUCAGUACGCCACCAUCAGGGAGGAGAAAGGACAAUGUUUCCUCUACAUGAAGGUGAUCGAGAGGGCCGCGUUCCCCGCCAGGAUGUGGGAGAAGGUGAAGCUCAGCAGGAACUAUGAGAAGGCUCUGGAGCAGAUCGAUCAGAACCUGAUCUACUGGCCUCGCUUCAUCCGACACAAAUGCAAACAGCGCUUCACUAAGAUCACUCAGUACCUGAUCCGCAUGAGGAAGCUGGUCCUGAAGAGGCAGAGGAAGCUGGUUCCUCUGAGCAGGAAGGUGGAGAGCAGAGAGAGGAGGAAGGAGGAGAAAGCUCUGAUCGCGGCUCAGCUGGACAGCGCCAUCGAGAAGGAGCUGCUGGAGAGGCUCAAACAGGGAACGUACGGAGACAUCUACAACUUCCCCGCCUACGCCUUCGACAAGGCUCUGGAGCAGCAGGACGCCGAGAGCGAGUCGGACUCUGAGGAGGAGGAGGAGGAGGACGACGAGGACGUGGGGCGGAGCGAGUUUGUGGCAGAAGAAGAGGUGGAGGAGAGCGACCUGAGCGACUUCGAGGACAUGAACAAGCUGAAGACGAGCAGCGACGAGGAGGAGGAGGAGGAGCAGGAGUCCAGUGAGGAGGAGGAGAUGGAGGUGCAGACGAAGGCCUCCAGGUCGAAGGGCAAAUCUCCGGCCAACGGUUCGGCGGUGAGGAAGAAGCGAGCGUACGUGGAGAUCGAGUACGAACACGAGACAGAGCCCGCCUCCAAGAGCAGGACCACGUAGAGAAGCCCCGCCCACAGCUGUCAAUCACAACCGGACUGAUGACCUCGCUCCCAUUAGAGUUUAUCUAAAAGUUUAAAAACCUUCAAACGUCGUUUUGUUUCUGCAGCUCCUGUUUCUGUGAACAUUAAGCUGCAGUUAAACAUAAAAACAGACCAGAACCAGAACCAGGUCCAAACCAGACCUGAGCACCAGGACUCACUUCAAACAUGUUUUACAAAUAAAUGAUUUGAUUCCAGUUUAACCA